AGAAGAAGAAACAAGCGGGAGGAAUUAUUCCAGGAACAAAAACUCUCCAUGACAAACAAAACGUAGUUGUUUAAAGAGGAGAGUGAGAACAUGAGUGAUCCAAACCCCUGCAGAAUGAAAGAUAUGGAGGAACAAACAGGCCUGUUGGAACUAAAUGAAGUGGAGGAGAAAAAUCAUCAGUAUCAGAAACCACAUCAUUUCCCAACUGGAGAAAAGUCUUUUCGUUGCUCAAAGAUUGAAAAGAAUUUCACACAAAAAAGUGCUCAAAGAACAGGAGCCGAAAAUCCUUUCACCUGCUCUCAGUGUGGAAAACAUUUCAAACGAAAAAUAGAUUUUAUUAAACACAUACGAAUCCACACCGGAGAGAGGCCUUUCAUGUGUCCUCAGUGUGGAAAGAGCUUCACAUGUAAAGCAAACCUUAAGAUUCACAUACGAAUCCACACUGGAGAGAAACCUUUCACAUGCACCCAGUGUGGAAAGAGCUUCUCCAAAUACGGAAGUCUUGCGGAUCACAAAAGAGUCCACACUGGAGAGAAGCCUUUCAUGUGUCCUCAGUGUGGAAAGAGCUUCACAUUUAAAGCAAACCUUAAGAUUCACAUAAGAAACCACACUGGAGAGAAGCCUUUCACAUGUCCUCAGUGUGAAAAAAGUUUCAAACGAAAACGAGAGCUUCUUACACACAUUAGAACACACACUGGAGAAAAACCGUUUACAUGCACUCAGUGUGGAAAGAGCUUUACAUGUAACUCGUACCUUAAGGAUCACAUACGAAUCCACACGGGAGAGAUGCCUUUCACGUGCACACAGUGUGGAAAGAGCUUCAAAUGGAAAAGCAAUCUUAAUGAUCAUCUGCACUUCCACUCUGGAAAAAAGUCAUUUAAGUGUGACGAGUGUGGUAAAACAUUUGCCUGGGCGUCAGGCCUGAGACAACACCUGAAAACUCAUUCAAAUGAGAAGCCUUACAAGUGCUCACAUUGUGGAAAGAAAUUCAGUGGAUCAGGAACCCUGAAAAGACAUGAGCGAGUGCAUACUGGAGAGAAGCCAUAUCGAUGCACUUCAUGUGGGAAAACGUUCAACCAAUCAAGUCAUCUACAGACUCAUAUGAAAAAAAUAUGUUCGAAAUCACAAAGUGAGCAAAGUUCAUCUUCAUAGUUCAAGCAGCAAUUUCAUCGAAGAGCAAAUUACCCAUAGUAGUGAAAUUUGUCCUGGUUUAGCAAUAGAAGUUUAAAUGGUGAAAUUCCACAAAGUUUUGUAUUUACACAGUUUUAUGUUUGGGAUUAUCAAGGAUGGACUAGGACUAAAAAAACAGCCCAUAGCGUAUAAUUACUUGCUAUACUGUAUGUAUCACAUAUGGAAAAAAUGGUUCUACCUAUGUAUUGUUUUCUCUGUUGGACAUGUCUUAAAUAUCUGUUUUUACAUUGCAAAGACGACAACUGGCUCUAACAAGGACAGAAAGAGAUGUGGAAGGCCAGAUGUACAACUAAACAAGAGGAUAAGUACAUCAGAGUCUCUAGUUUGAGAAAUAGACGCCUCACAUGUCCUCAGCUGACAGCUUCAUUGAAUUCUACCCGCUCAACACCAGUUUCAUGUACAACAGUAAAGAGAAGACUCAGGGGUGCAGGCCUUAUGGGAAGAAUUGCAAAGAAAAAGCCACUUUUGAAACAGAAAAUCAAAAAGAAAAGGUUAGAGUGGGCAAAGAAACACAGACAUUGGGCAACAGAUAAUUGGAAAAGAGUGUUCUGGAUCUUAACCCCAUUGAGCUUUUGUGGGAUCAGCUAGACUGUAAGGUGUGUGAGAAGUGUCCGACAAGACAGUCACAUCUAUGGCAAGUGCUACAGGAAGUGUGGGGUGAAAUGUCACCUGAGUAUCUGGACAAACUGACAGCUAGAAUAACAAAGAUCUGCAAAGCUGUCAUUGCUGCACGUGGAGGAUUUUUUUGAUGAGAACUCAUUGAAGUAGUUUAUUUUUUUCAAAUUGUAAUAGUGAUUUUUCAUGUUAUUAAUGUCCUGACUAUACAUUGUGAUGAGUUGAAUGCCACUUUGGUGAAUAAAAGUACCAGUUUCUU